CCCACGUGAUUCAUCCUCUUCAUGACAUUAAUCUAUGUUAGGCGUGCAUGAGGAAGAUACUGAGACGCUCCUGGCCCUCCUGGAAUCUUCUCUAGGUCCUGAUGUGCCAUCUUCUCAGGGGGAAAUGCUAGAGGCGCUUGUGGCAGCGGGAGGAAAUGUCAACCAAGCUGCUCAAUCGUUCAAGAGUGCCUCCUCUUGGGAAGUCAGCGCGGGAUCUUCAAUGCGUCCUUCAAAGAGGCGCAAGCUAGAGAACAGCCUUAGUGGGUGGCUUGUAAGAACGAAAUCAACUCCUUCUACCAGCAGUGCGUCUUUAGUGAGUGGUACAUCUAAUACAUCGCCGUCUCUUCCCGUCAAAGAGAGACCGAUCACCUGCCUAACAUCGCCGGAAGUCUCGUCUAUCAGUGAGACGAGAUCCUCGGACAAACACGUGCGAUCAAAUAAGAACUACAAGAGUGAUCCUCCGCCUUUACUUUCCAUCCUAAAGGCUCCACCUUUUUCUCCAAAAAAGAAGAUCAGUCCGCCACCACUCCUGCUAGGAACACCCGAGUUGGUCACGAAAUACACACCGACAACACUUCAUCACUCAGUUCUCCCAAACGGCAUGUAUGAUUGAGACGUCUCGCCAAUUCACGAAUAGGUAAUUAAACUGCCCAGCAGAGCUUGCUUCCCGGCUCUUUUAUGUUAUGCUCGAUGAAGCCAAAUACUGGAAGACGUCAAAAUGGUACAUCAAUGAUCGUCUGGUGGAAUCACCCCAUCUAUCUUGCUUUUA